AUGAAAGGACCGGUAAAUAUGAUUAAUCUUAUGGUAGUUUCUUUGGGGAUUUGGUUAUAAAUCACUUUUCGCUUUCAGAAGUAAGCAUUAUUUAUAUAACUUAAGAGCCGACAUUCAAGUUUCUUUAAAGUCCAUUUCAAUUAAACAAAGAGGAUCUCAUUAGGAAAUCUGUAAACAUCCCAGAUCAUAAAUUCGAUUUCUCACCAUUCAUCCACGCAGACUCAACAUUUCUAGUCAAUUAACAAAACAUUCAGACCUUGCGUUUACUAUAGAAGGACUUCGCCUCUGAUCCUCAUAAUCCUGAUAAAGCUUUCAACUAUGUGAGAUAAUUAAAUCGUAUGCAAAUGUAUGAGGAGUCCCUUUAAAUAUUCAAAUAAGCAGGUAUCACAUAUGAUUUAACCGUAGACGAUUUCAGGGAAGGUGUGACUCCUAAAUAACAUUAGUAAUUGCAAGAGUAAUACGGGAUUGCUAUAACUAAUCAGAAAUCUAACAUGUAUUCUGACAAGCGUAAAUCAUUGAUUUUGCCAGGGGUAAUCCAAUUACUUAUAACAGCUGCAAUAAUAUAUCAAUUAUUUUACUAUUUUCAGCCAAAUCAAACAAAGCCUAAGAAUGAAAAAGCAUAAAGUGAGAACUCUGAUUAGGGAGUAGGUAGAAUGGAUAGAUUUUAUAACAUAUUGCGAAACAAUUAGAGUGUUCAAGAAGAGAGAAACAUUCCGACUCGUUUUAAUGAUGUUUUGGGAAUUGAUGAAUUCAAAGAAGAAUUGGAAGAGAUAGUUGAAUUUUUGAAGAAUCCAAAAAAAUAUACUGAUUCAGGAGCCAAACUACCAAAAGGGAUUCUAUUAGUAGGACCUCCAGGAACUGGAAAAACUUUAUUGGCAAGAGCAUUAGCUGGUGAAGCUGGAUGUGCAUUUUUUUACAAAUCAGGUUCUGAAUUUGAUGAGAUGUUUGUUGGUGUUGGAGCUUCAAGAGUGAGAGAAAUAUUUAAAGCAGCAAGAGCCAAAGCUCCUUCAAUAAUUUUUAUAGAUGAAAUAGAUAGUAUAGGAGGAAGAAGAAGAGCUUAAGAUCCAGGAUAUUCAAGAGAUACUAUCAAUUAAAUUCUUACAGAGAUGGAUGGAUUUAAAUAGACAGAAAGUGUUAUUGUAAUUGGAGCUACUAAUUUUGAAUAAGUAUUAAAUAUUACUAUAAUAAAUAGGUUUUAGAUCCAGCUUUAAAACGACCAGGGAGAUUCGAUAAGAUGAUUCAUGUUCCAUUACCUGAUGUAAGAGGAAGAGAAUAAAUCUUUUCUUACUAUUUAAAUAAGAUUAAAUUUGAUGAGAAGAAAGUCUUGCCUACAAAUUUGGCUAGACAAACAAGUGGAUUCAGUGGUGCAGAUAUUCAAAAUAUGGUGAAUGUUGCAAUUUUAAAUGCAAUUAAAUAUGACAGAUAGAUAGCUACAACUGAAGAUUUUGAAUUUGCUAUUGAUAGAAUAUCAAUGGGAAUAGGAAGAAAGAAUAUGCAUGUGAGUGAUAAAGAAAAAUUAAUGACAGCAUAUCAUGAGGGUGGACAUGCCCUAACUAGUUUAUUAACUGAUGGAGCUAUGCCAUUACAUAAAGUAACAAUAUUGCCUAGAGGAGGAGCUUUAGGAUUUGUAUAUAUUUAUUUAAGUUUGCUAUUAGACAGCUAUGUUACCAGAAAAAGAUCAAUUGAAUUAUACAAGGAGAGGAAUUAUUGCAUCUAUUGAUGUAGCUAUGGGAGGACGAGCUGCAGAAGAUCUCUUUCUUGGUAAGGAUGAUAUUACUAGUGGAUGUAGCAAUGACUUAGCUAAAGCAACUGAUUUGGCUUAUAUGUUUGUGAAGUAAUUAGGAAUGGAUGAUAAGAUUUCUUUGAUUUCUAUUUAAAGUGAUAGAUAGAAAACUAGUGAUCAAUAUGAUUAUAUGGUUGAUAUGGAAGUAAAGAAGAUUCUAGAGGUAUUUAAAUAAAUUUAGAUCAAGGAAUCAUAUAACCGAGUUAAAACAUUAUUGAAAUCAAAUGAAAAUAAACUCAAAGCAUUGGCUACAGAAUUAGUCAAGAAAGAGACUUUGUCUGCUGAAGAAAUUAGAAAGCUUUUGCAAAUAAAAUGAUU